UAAUUAUUUGUAAAAAGAAUUGCAUACUUAUGCUUUCACUUUCUUACAGGACACUACAUUUACAUUGAAGCUUCAAGGCGGCGUAAUAAUGACAUUGCCCGUAUUUGGACACCGUCAUAUGCUGCAACAAACGGCCUAUGCAUCGAGUGGUUCUACCACAUGUACGGGGAAGCAGUGAACACAUUGAAUGUGUACGCAGUCGAUUCAACAGGUAUUGUUGGUUCACCCGUGUGGACUAAAACAAACAACCAAGGAAACAAUUGGAUAUUUGGAAAAGUCUCAGUUGCAGUAUUCGGCAUCUAUCAAAUAAUGUUUGAAGGAAUUAUAGGAAGUAGUUACACAAGUGACAUCGGCUUAGAUGACAUCACGAUCACAAAUAGAGCAUGUUCAUUACCAGAUAGUUCGCAGUGUGAUUUCGAAGAUCCGAAUAUUUGUAACUUCGUUCAAGACACUAUGGACGAUUUUGAUUGGACAAGAGGAUCUGCAUCAACAAGUUCAACUAAUACUGGUCCAUCAUUUGACCACACACUGGGAACUUCACAAGGAGGUUACUACUUGUACAUUGAAGCUACAGGCAGGAGUAGCAAUGACAUCGCUCGUCUUUGGACACCGUCGUAUCCCGCAUCGAAAGGUCUAUGCAUUGAGUGGUUCUACCACAUGUACGGGAACACGGUGAACACAUUAAAUGUGUACGUAGUCGAUUCUACAGGCACGGUUGGCACACCGGUGUGGAAUAAGACUAAUAACCAAGGAGACACUUGGUUGCUAGGACAAGUCUCAGUUGCAGAAUUCGGUAUAUACCAGAUAUUGUUUGAAGGAAUUAGAGGAAGUGGUUACACAGGUGACAUCGCUUUAGAUGACGUCAAGAUCACUAAUGGCGCAUGUGUAACACAACGCAAACCUAAAGCAUUUUCCCAAUGUGAUUUCGAAUAUCCGAGUAGUUGUAACUUGGUACAAGACACUAACGACGAUUUUGAUUGGAGCAGAAGAUCUGCAUCAACACCUUCAUUUGAUACGGGCCCUUCAUUUGACCACACACUGGGAACUUGUCAAGGAGGCUACUACAUGUACAUUGAAGCUACAGGUCAGACUAGGGAUGACAUCGCUCGUCUUUGGACACCGUCAUAUCCUGCCACGAACGGCCUAUGCAUCGAGUGGUUCUUCCACAUGUACGGUGCCACAGUGAACACUUUAAAUGUGUACAUAGUCGAUUCUACAGGUGCUGUUGGGUCACCAGUGUGGACCAGAACAAACAACCAAGGAAACUUUUGGAUACUUGGGCAAGUCUCAGUUUCAACAUCCGGUAUCUAUCGGGUAAUGUUUGAAGGAAUUAGAGGAGUUGGUUUUACAGGUGACAUUAGUUUAGAUGAUGUGACGAUUACCGAUGGAGCAUGUUCCACAUAGUGCUCUGAACCUAGCCAAUCAUUUAAGGGUAGAUUGUUCGUUAGUAUUCGUGAUAAUGUCAAUGAAUGCUUUGAUCGAUUGUUUUGGUUCUUUUCAGCUAUGCAAAUAAGUAGAGAAAAAAAAAACAUUAGCUAAGUCAGGGUAGUACAUAAUAUUAUAAUAUGACUGCCCCUUAGUCCUAGUAACGCUCCUUAAUAUAGAGCAAUGUAUUCGUAGGCCGUAAAAAACAAAAAACACUGCACUAAUAUCUCUGUAUACGUGUGAAGUGUAAAUUAUUAGAGAUCUAGCAAAAUCAUGGUUUUUGGUAUCUAUAAGAAUCCUUAUAACUAUCGACUAGUAUUAAUUGUCGCCUUCAGGUUUCUGAAUUUAUAGGGAAAUUGAGAAAAAUUACGUUAAAUGGUUUAGAAUGAAUGUACAGUUACUGCAUGCCUUUUCAACUCUUAAUAAAUAAUUCCUAGGUAUCCAGACAUCAAAGUCCUGUGCUUCAUUUAACCAAUAUUCAAUUAAAAUAUAAACAAUAUUAUCAACAUCAUCGUCUACAAGAAAAAAACUAGCAAGAAUGAGAGUUUACCUAAUCUACCAAAGAAUCAGGGUAGUACAUAAUAUUAUAAUAUGACUGCCCCUUAGUCCUAGUAACGCUCCUUAAUAUAGAGCACUGUAUUCGUAGGCCGUAAAAAACAAAAAAUACUGCACUAAUAUCUCUGUAUACGUGUGAAGUGUAAAUUAUUAGAGAUCUAGCAAAAUCAUGGUUUUUGGUAUCUAUAAGAAUCCUCAUAACUAUCGACUAGUAUUAAUUGUCGCCUUCAGGUUUCUGAAUUUAUAGGGAAAUUGAGAAAAAUUACGUUAAAUGGUUUAGAAUGAAUGUACAGUUACUGCAUGCCUUUUCAACUCUUAAUAAAUAAUUCCUAGGUAUCCAGA